AUGAGAUACCACCUGUUUGUGCUGGUUCAUGGACUUUGGGGUAACAAAUCCCAUUUUGACUAUAUUGCGCAAGAGCUUGAGAAGCACCGCAGUCAAUGCGACCAGGAGAUUGUGAUCUACAAGGCCGAGAACAAUGAGGGUUAUAGAACAUUGGACGGUAUUGAUGUGUGUGGUCUUCGCAUCGUCAGGGAGAUUCACGGCAAGAUUGCAGCUUUGAAGGAGACCGGUGACGUUGUAAAGAUCUCCAUUGUUGGGUAUUCGCUCGGUGGGUUGAUAUCGAGAUAUGUCAUUGGUAUUCUCUACCACCAAGGGCUGUUCAAGGAGAUUGAGCCUGUGAAUUUCACCACGUUUUGCACGCCUCAUGUUGGUGCUAUGGCACCAGGUUCGAACAUCUCUGUGAGGGCCUUCAACUGGCUGGUGCCAAACCUGUUAUCCCUCUCAGGUCGACAAAUGUUCUUGAAGGACAACACCGGUAAGGAAGGUCCGCUGUUAGAACUCAUGGCUAAUAAGAACUCGGUUUUCUACAGGGCAUUACAACAGUUCAAGACUAGAAUCCUAUACGCCAACGCCAUCAAUGAUAAGCGUACCGCAUGGUGGACCUCUGGCAUAUCAAUCGUUGACCCCUUCAUCAACAUUGAUGAGAGCUCAUCGCUGAGCGAUUUGGACUAUAAGUACGUUGAAUCGUUUGCUCCAGUCGUUCUAGAUGCGCAUGCUGAUUUCAAGAUCUCCAAUAGACCGGUAUCGUCUCAAACUGUUCCCGAGCAACCUUCAAACUAUUGGAGUAGAAAAUACAGGUGGCUUGUAGUGGCACUGAAUUUGACCUUUGUGAUGCCAUUGUGGGUACUGUGGUUUAUCAUCUCUGGUGUUAUGGAGUCAUUGAAGUCGUCUGUUCGUAUUAGGCGUGUUAUGAGGGAGAACAAUGCCUACUUCAUGGACUUAACAAACCUGCUGGAACCUGACACGGAUGAGGCCACCAAUGACGGCUCUGACAUCGAGAGCAUUGCGGAUAAACUGGACCACGACAUGGAGGAUGCCAUUCACGACCGUGUGGAUACUCUGAUUGAGUCCGUUUGGGAUGCAAUGACCUCCAAGGAUGAGGAGCAAACUGCACAGCUCUCCAAGUUUCACAUCAUGCAAUCUACAGAGCCAUAUUCGUCCUCUACAACAUCCAAGAAUGAGCAGAACUACGUCUCCGUGUCGAUUAGUGAUCUCUCGUAUUUCAGCAAGGAUUCUCCAAUGGCACGCAACCAGAUCGUGAAGCUAUAUACGCUGGAACUGAGCCCUUCGCAGGUGGAAAUCGUGAAAAACCUCAACGCUCUCGAUUGGAACAAAUUCCCCAUUUUGAUUCGUCACACAACGUCAACUCAUUCAGCUGCCAUUGUGCGUAACAUCAACGACCCUCAAUUGCGCGAGGGUAAAGUCGUCGUUAAGCACUGGCUCGAGAACGCCGUUCAACUGUAA